UAUAUUUAUUAUUGAAACAAAAUAUAAUAUUAGAAAUGUUCCACCAGUCACACAUUUUAAUCAGAAAAUCAAAGUCAGGGUUGCUAAAUUAGGAAGGUGAUGCUCCAUUAUUAAUAAAUAAGGCAGCGUGACUCAGCAAUUUGCCAGCACCACCACUACACAAUCAUGGAGGAAUCUACAUCCAUCACCACUACCACCGCUCUCAGGUUAAAGAACAAAAUAGCCAUAGUCACCGGAGGUGCCAGCGGCAUCGGCGAAGCCACGGCGAGGCUAUUCGCGGAGGAAGGGGCGCGAAUGGUGGUCAUCGCUGACAUCCAAGACAAGCUGGGGAAAGAAGUGGCGGCGUCCAUUGGCGGGGAGAGGUGCAGCUACUUUCACUGCGACGUGGCGGAGGAAGAUGAAGUCCAAAGCCUGGUACAGUCAACGGUCAAAGCGUACGGUCAACUGGACAUAAUGUUCAGCAACGCUGGGAUCGGUAGUCUCUCCAAACAGACGGUGGUGGAGCUCGAUAUGUCCCAACUCGACAAGCUGUUCACGGUGAACGUGCGCGGAAUGGCGGCGUGCGUGAAGCACGCGGCGCGUGCCAUGGUGGAGGGGCGCGUGAGAGGAAGCAUAGUGUGCACGGGGAGCGUGGCUGGUUGCUACGGUAGUCCAAUCGGGAGUGACUACGUGAUGUCGAAGCACGCAGUGUUGGGUUUGAUGCGUUCGGCGAGCAUGCAGCUUGCGGAACACGGGAUAAGGGUGAACUGCGUCUCACCCAAUGGGUUGGCGACGCCGUUGACUUGUAAACUGAUAGGGAUGAACGAAGAGGAGGCGCGUGAAGUUUUCCGGAAAUUCGCGAGACUACAGGGAGUGGUGCUGACGCCGAAACAUGUGGCCGAUGCAGCGCUGUUUCUGGUCUCUGAUGACUCCGCCUUUGUGACCGGCCUUGAUCUUAUGGUAGACGGUGGCUAUUCGCUGUGACGCCCAUAUAUGCAUUCAUUCAUUUUGCAUAUAUUCCCAUUCAAUAACAAAAUAUCACUAUCAGACCCGUGUGUAAUGACUAACAAAUAUUCAUAUCAUAUUUUUUUAAUUAUAUAUUGUAUAGA